CAGGACAAACAGAAAAUGGAUGUACCUACAGAUCUUGACCCUGCUAACCCGCUAUUAGAAGUAAAGAAGCUAUUAAAUGCAAUCAACUCUCUACCGAAGGGUGUGUUCCCUAACAUUGAAAAGUUCAUACAAGAAGAUUUCUCCUUCCAGACUAUGCAGAGGGAAGUUGCAGCUAAUAGCCAGACAGGGGAAGAAAUUGUUCCUGCUUUAACAUUAGAUUUUUUGAUAACACAACUUGAAAUAGCACUUAGAAACAUUCAAGCUGCUAAUUAUACGGCACACCAAAUUAAUAUUGGUUAUUACUUGACAUUACUGUUUCUGUAUGGAGUGGCACUCAGCGAAAGAGGAAAGAAAGAGGACUGCACAGAAGCUGAAAAUAAAUUUCUGGUGAUGAAGAUGGUGAUCCAAGAAAGUGAAAUUUGUGAAAACUUUAUGUCGUUAGUGUAUUUUGGACGUGGUUUACUUCGAUGUGCUCAGAAAAGAUAUAAUGGAGCACUACUAGAAUUUCACAGAGGCUUACAAGAACUUGGAGAUACAGAUGAUGAUUGGUUUGAAGUAGAUCCUACAGAUGAUGAAGAUUUACCUACAACUUUCACAGAUAUUCUCAAUAAUUUUAUCAAGACAACUGAAAAUAAUAUAUUGAAAGAGGCCAUUUGUAGCUAUCUUGAUUGUGAGCGCUCUUGUGAAGCUGACAUUUUAAAAAACACCAACUAUAAGGGAUUUCUACAGUUGAUGUGCAGUAAAAGUUGUUGUAUUUACUUCCAUAAAAUUUGUUGGAAAAAGUUCAAGAACUUAAAGUACCCGGGAGAAAAUGACCAGAGUUUUAGUGGGAAAAAGUGUUUGAAAGAAGGAUGUGCAGGUGACAUGGUAAGGAUGCUGCAAUGUGAUGUGCCUGGAAUUGUCAAAAUUUUGUUUGAAGUUCUGAGGAAGGAUGAAUAUAUAACCAUUGAAAAUUUAGGAGCAAGUUACAAGAAGUUUAUGGCUCUGGAAUUAAGUGACACUGAUAUUAGACCGAAAUUCGAUUUAAAAUUAAACACAAAAGAUGAAAUGCCUAUCUUCAAACUUGAUUAUAAUUAUUUCUAUCAUCUGCUUCAUAUAAUUAUUAUUUCUGGUACUGACAUUGUCCGGGAAAUAUUUGAUGAGGCUAUGCCACCCACUCUUUUGAAAAAAGAGCUGCUUAUACACAAGAAUGUGCUGGAACCCUACUACAAUCAUCUUUGGACCAAUCACCCUUUGGGUGGAUCAUGGCAUCUGCUUUAUCCCCCAAACAAGGAGCUACCACAGUCCAAGCAGUUUGACUUAUGCCUCUUAUUAGCACUCAUUAAACACCUGAAUGUAUUCCCUGCACCCAGAAAAGGCUGGGAUAUGGAACCGCCGUCUUCUGAUCUCUCUAAGUCUGCAGAUGUUCUCAGGCUCUGCAAGUACAGAGAUAUCCUCCUCAGUGAGAUUCUGAUGAAUGGGCUCACUGAGUUACAGUUCAAUUCAAUUUGGAAAAAAGUUUCUGAUAUUCUUCUGCGACUUGGGAUGAAACAAGAGGAUAUCGACAAAGUCAAGGAGAAUCCCAUUGAGAAUAUAUCCCUUGAUUAUCAUCAGCUGUCCAUUUAUCUAGGCAUUCCAGUACCAGAAAUCAUCCAGAGGAUGUUAUCCUGCUAUCAACAAGGAAUUGCUCUACAGUCAAUAACAGGCAGUCAGUGUAUCGAAAUUGAAGAGUUGCAGAAUGAUGAAGAGGAAUUGAGUCCACCUCUGAUGGAAUACAAUAUAAAUGUGCAGUCAAGCACUGAACUACAGUUAGCAGAAAUAAAUAAAGACGUAGCCUCAAUACCUAGUGAGUCUUCAACGGAGUCUGUUAAAGAUCUUCAGGAGGUCAAAAGUAAAACAAAGAAAAAGAAAAAAACUAAGAAUAAAAAGGAUAAGGACUCUGAAGAAGAGCAAGUCUCAUAUAUGGUAGAAAAGGAUGACCAGCUGGACACAGAACAAGUAGAUGUGCACACACUCAGCACAUAUGGGAAAACUGACGCAAGUGAUGCACAAGAGGAUUCUGCAACUGAGGACAAGUUCUGUAGCCUGGACGAACUACAUGUUCUGGACCUGGUAGAGCAGGGCUCAUCUGGUAAGGAAAGUACAGACUGCAAAGAAACUGAAAAGGAAAGGCUUGCUCAUCAACAUCAGCUCUAUAAGUUGCAGUAUGAAUGUGAAGAUUACAAAAGACAACUGAAAACAGUGACGUUUCGGUGGCAAGAAAAUCAAAUGCAGAUUAAAAAGAAAGAAAAAAUAAUUGUAUCUCUAAACCAACAAGUGGCUUUUGGAAUCAAUAAAAUGUCCAAAUUACAGCGCCAAAUCCAUGCUAAAGAUGAUGAAAUCAAGAACCUUAAAGAUCAGCUUUCCAUGAAAAGAUCUCAGUGGGAAAUGGAGAAGCAUAAUCUGGAGAGCACAGUUAAAACUUAUUUAAACAAACUGAACGCAGAAACAAGCAGAGCCUUAACAGCUGAGGUGUAUUUCCUACAGUGCCGUAGAGAUUUUGGCUUACUGCACCUAGAGCAGACAGAAAAAGAGUGCCUCAAUCAGCUCGCUAGGGUGACUCACAUGGCAGCAAGCAACCUAGAAUCACUUCAAUUAAAGGCUGCCGUAGAUAGUUGGAAUGCCAUUGUGGCGGAUGUUAGAAACAAGAUUGCUUUCCUCAGGACACAGUACAAUGAACAAAUAAAUAAGGUGAAGCAAGGGUUUGCCUUGAGUACCUUACCUCCAGUGCAGCUUCCACCACCACCACCAAAUCCUGAGAUGCUGAUACAGCAGUUCUUGGGAAGACCUCUUGUGAAAGAAUCUUUCUUUAGACCUAUACUUACUGUUCCUCAAAUGCCAGCAGUUUGCCCUGGAGUAAUCUCUGCAGCUGUACAACCUAGACCACCCCUGAUGCCUGGUAUAACCUGGGCUAUGCCAACACCUAUAGGUGACACUGUGUCACCCAGUGCAAGUUUGUGCAGUGAACCUCUCAUGAUAAACUGGGAGAGAAUUACGGACAGGCUGAAAACCGCUUUUCCACAACAGACAAGAAAGGAGCUUACAGACUUCUUACAACAACUAAAGGAUUCUCAUGGGAAGUCAGUAUCUCGACUGACAUUUGAUGAAAUUGUUUACAAGAUUUCUCAAAUGAUUGAGCCCAAGAAACCUGAGAGUGAAGGAAAAUCUGCUCCAGAUGGUAACAGUGCCUCACCCAGCCACACCUCAUCACAGCCUAAUGACCCCCAGGCCCCCACAGCAGCACAAGGUUCUGCCACAUUGGAAGGAGCCAAAGAUUUGGAUAAUGAAGAGGAAGAAGAGGAGCCUUGCGUAAUCUGUCAUGAUAAUUUGUCUCCAGAAAACCUUUCAGCUUUGCCUUGUGCUCACAAAUUCCACUCUCAGUGCAUUAGACCAUGGUUGAUGCAACAGGGGACAUGCCCCACCUGCAGACUCCAUGUUUUGCUACCAGAAGAAUCCCCUGGCCACCCCAACGGGCAGUUACCCAAGAUCUGAGACAAGGCAGGUAGCUAUACCUAAGAUCAGUUUUAGACACUGAAAUUUAGUUCUGCUUUUCACUGAGCUAAUUGUAUGAAUAGUAUUAUGCAGCAGUAUGUGCUUUGACCAGCUAAUCACAGCAGAGCUGAGCUAAAGAGAUUGAGAUAGAUCUAAAGUACAUGUAAAUUAAAUGGAAGGGACUUAAAGAAGAUGGGCUAUUGAUAGCUGCAUUUCAUUGCUCUUCAUAAGAUUUUCCAUCUGUAAACACAAGACCUGUAAAUAUGAAUAUUAAUAUGUUUCUUAGAAUGUCCUGUCUUUUAUUCCUUCUUAUUCUAUUGUCCUUUACUUUCUCUCAAGCAUGGUAAACGUUACUGUCCUGAAAUAAAUUUAGGAGAACAAAUAGAAAAGUAGGAAAUUCUUAGUUCAGUAGAUUUUAGUUUUCUUUUAACUUUGAAAGCUUGGUGUUAAAAUAUAACUAUUAUAAGUUAUAUUUCUAUCUCCCCUAUUCUUUUCUAUCUUCUGAAAUAGCUACCCUUGAUGCGAUUAUAAACUCUUUGACACUGGUAAUCAUACAAUGGUUUAUAGCAGCUUGUGACAGAUGAUUGUUAAGUUUCAGAUAGAGCAGAUAUAGUUGGCCAAAUUAUUGUGGAAACUUCCACAAUAAUUACAUUGUAGAAACAGUAACUAAGGUUUGUUUUUCCCUCAAGAGCUAGUUCUUAAAAUGACACCAUAAGUUGCCUAUAUUCCCAAUAAUUAGCAAAGUAAAUACAGAAUGAGGUUAGAUUUGAAAUCAAGAGGUAGUAAAAGGGGUAGAUGGUUAAUGGAGAUCUUACAUUCCUUUGUGAACUUACUUGUUGGCUCUUAAUCAUGUGCAUUUUGGGGAUAUUUUCUUUUUCCUCUUUAAAGGUAUCUACUUUUAUGUACUUAUUCUGAGGAAGAGAGGAAGCCAUUUAUAUGUACUAGCUGCUGCUUGUGACAAAGUUGAUAUUCACUAGCCCAAUUGCCUAUCUAAAGCUUGUCACUGAGCAUUUCAAUGCUUAGACAACAAAGCCUAUUUUUAAAAUAGUGUAAGUUCUAUAAGUAUUGUACAUGCCUAUACCUUCAAACUUAAAGUAAACCAUCGGUACUUUGUGAGACAUGUAUUUCUUGGCUCAUAUUCCCAGUCUCAAUCUUAUUAAUUUUAGGGGGAAAGCUUUUUGACUCAACAAUUAUUUUUUUCUGUAUAUUUCAGUGUAAAUGUAUUUUGAAGCUACUUUGAAUCUCUAUUUAAAAAUCCAAUGCCUGUAAUUGUAUGGUAAAGUUUUUUUAUCUUGAAAAUAAACUGGAAAAUGUGAAGAAAAAUAUUUUUAAGAUUUCAACAUUUGAGUGGGUGAGAUUACUCACAGGUAAAGGUGCUUCUUGCAAAGGCUAAUGACCUGAGUUCUAUCACUGGGACCUGCCCAGUGGAAAGAAAGAACAACUGUUCCGCAACUGUCCUCUGACCUCCACAGGUACACUGUGGCUUGUGUG